AUGUCGUUUGAUCGCUUGAACUCGCUAGAGGCACAGCCUACAACUUUCCGUCGCUCCGACGAUCCCCAGUAUCGCGAUGACCCCGAAUUCCAUCGUUUGACCGAGGGUCUCUCCAACCAACUGUUUACCCUGACCUCCAACAUCACUCGGUUGUCCGAUCAGAUUGCCCUUCUGGGAACGAGGCGAGACACUGAGCGUGUGCGCGAGAGAGUCCACAAGCUCCUGGAGGAUACUCGGGGGGGUUUCAGGGAUGUCGCAGAAGGGAUUAAGAAGGUCCAGACAUGGGAGGAUGUCAGUCCUUCCCAAAAAUGGACUCAGCAGAAGCUCUCGUCCGAAUUCAAAUCUACCCUAGAAGAGUUCCAGACUGUUCAGCGUCGUGCCUUGGAGAAGCAACGGGCAUCCGCAGCAGCCGCUCGGACUGCCGUAGACGAAGCGGAGCCUGGUUCCGGAGGUGACCAUCAGCCGCAGCAACAGCAAGACCAAUUGUUGGAGGAACAGCCCCGCCUUGCGAAUCAGGACGAAGUGGACUUCCAGGAGGCCCUCAUUAUCGAGCGCGAGGCUGAGAUCCGCAACAUUGAGCAGAGCGUUGGCGAACUCAAUGAACUGUUCCGGGACGUGGCUCACAUUGUCCAUGAGCAAGGUGGACAGCUUGACAUUAUCAGCGAGAAUGUUGAACGAGUUGGCGAUGACACUCGUGGAGCAAACGUCGAGCUCCGUAGCGCCAGCCGGUACCAGAAGAAUGCGCGCAACAAGGCUUGCUGUCUGCUUGUCAUUCUUGCUGUUAUCCUUACCAUCAUCGUCCUGGCGGCAACCCUGGGAUAG